CGUAUAGUUGAAAAUUCAUGAGAAUACUAUAAGCGAGCAGCCAUUGUUUAACAGGGAUACCCCCGCGUUUGACAAAAAGAAGAUUAGAGCCGCCUCCUGAAGUCCUUUCUCUCCAUUCUUGAACUAGUCUCACUUCAAACAGCUUUAGUUGAUUUAACCUACAAACUUGAGUUCACACCAUUCAAUUAUAUCUUCAUGCAUUCACUAUUUAUACUCAAUUUUCCACAAAUCUGAUCGUUAUCUCAACAACCCCAGUCCAUAAAUUGUUUGUUGUUUCAAUUACUUAACGGGAAAUCUCAUACAACUAUAUUGCUUGAAGCAAAUCUCGGUGCUUGGUUGAGGUAGUAAAGGAUCUUCUUGAGUAACCAACAUGGCUACACCGACAAGAAUUGGCCUUGCUGGGCUUGCUGUUAUGGGACAAAAUCUUGCUCUCAAUAUUGCCGAGAAAGGAUUUCCU